AUGUCCUAUUCGUUUAAUGACUAUCUCAAAGAGUUCAACUCUUGUAUUUAUCCCUAUAAUGUAUCAACUUUUAUUGAAGCAAUGACAAAUGAUCAUAACUAUCAAGCGGAACUGGUGCUUGACAGAAUUCGAAAGUUGUUUUUCAAUGGUUCGAACUCUUCAAUACGGACAUCGGAUCUUCAACAAUUUUGCUACCAUGCGGAUGUUCAGAUGCUGGCUCAACUAACACUUCGCGGAGCGUUGGAUCAUCCCGGUUAUCAGCGAAAUCGCUCAGUAUCUCAGUAUUCAUCAGACCCAACAUAUCUCAAACCAAUUUUAACUGGUAUCUUCCUGUUUGUUGGCUUGGUGGGCUUGAUUGGUAAUCUUCUCACUGUAAUUGUCAUUUCGAAGACCAAAGCCCUUCACUCACAUACCAACUAUUUUCUGGCCAAUCUGGCCACCAGUGACUUCUGUCUUAUUAUCGUUGGCGUAACAUUCGACUUGGUCAACAUCUGGAAUGAUGGUCAGCCUCCUGAGCUGUUUGGAUACUGCUCUUUUACCAGUAAGAAGUAUUUCCAAUGUACUUUCAGUUACAAACUUUUUCCAGGCACAUUGAUAUCUCUUUUCACAUUUGCUUCAAUUCUCACAAUUGUUCUGCUGACGGCAGAAAGGUUCACAGCAAUCUGUUAUCCAUUUUCACAUAGAACAAUAUUUGACGAAAAACGGGUGAAACGAUUUAUUCUAUUGAUUUGGUUUGUUGCACUGCUCCCCUCGAUUUUCAUUGGAUCAAUGUUCAAGCGCGUUUGGCCUGAUUUCUGUGGUUUUAAUCGUGAAAUGAACUAUGUAGGACGAUGUGACUUGCUGACUUCCCCAGACAGUCUUUUCCGGUAUCCAUUCGAAUCAGCCAUGGCAAUCACGUUUGUUCUUCCGCUAUUCUUCAUCAUCUACUGCUAUUUUCGGAUUCUCGUGACUCUUAAUGAAAUGUCCAACUCCACCGUGGUCCAUACUCCAGUCGGUAAUGCUCGAAGUGAGAGUGGCAACGCCUUCCCGUUUCCUCCUAAUUCCAACAACAACAACUCCAGUAGUCAGAGUUAUCCAUUGACAAUUCAUACAAAGAGCUCUCAACCACCGAAAAGUCAACAGGCACAGAAAAUGGUCAUCAAAAUGCUAGUCACGGUCACUGGAGUCUUUUUUGUUUGCUACCUUCCUUAUCACGCACAACGCUUUAUCGUCAAGUACAAAAGAGAUGAUUGCUCGAGAUCCGAUUUCUGUCGUCUGUUGUACCCAAUCGCCGGGAUUCUCCAGUACAUUUCCGCUUCAUUGAACCCAAUCUUUUACAAUUUAAUGUCGGUUCGCUUUCGCAACGGUUUCAAGAAGCUCAUCAAGGACGUCUGGACACACAGAGCUCGCAGCUACAUCAAUUUAGCUCGCCUCUGA